UGAGAUGCUUCAAAGCCUUAUUAAGAAUGUCUGGGUCCCCAGGAAACACUACUAUACUCAGGUUUACCAUGAAAUUUGGGCAGGAAUAGGGUUAAUGACUUUCAUCUUUUAUAAACUCAGGAGUGCUGAUAAAAGAAGUAAAGCUUUGAAAGUCUCCAGCCCUGCUCCUGCCCACACCCAUUAUUAA